GCCUUCACAGCUCGCUUACGAUUUUGGAAUGCGUGUGCGACCCCAAUGUUAUUCGGCAAACUUUCAGAUAAAACUACAAGGUUAAAUUCAUCCAUACAUUGUUUUUCGAUAGCAUGCUUCUGAACUGAGAUAAUAGCAAAUGAAUGUAAAUCUUUGCAAAUGAAUGGUCGCAACCUUGCCAUAGACUUCAGAAUCUGAACUCAAGAACAGUUUGGAUGAUCUAGGAUAUCCCGACUGAUCUGAUAUUGUCUUUUGAAUUUUCAUAAGACUUACUGGGCAUGAUAGAUUGGAAUCGUAGCUUUGUGUAAUGUCAGAAGUUACCACUACACCCGUAGACUUCAGGCUCUGAACUCAAAAAUAGUUUGGAUGACCAAGGAUAUCCUGACUGAUCUGAUACUGUCUAUUGAACUUUCAGAAGACUUACUGGACAUGAAAGAAUACAAAUCGUAGCUUUGUGCAAUAAAAAAAGUUACUGUUACACCCGUAGACUUAAGGAUCUAAGCUCAAGAACAGUUUGGAUGACCUAGGAUAUCCAGAAAAUCGAACGAUCGAGCUCGAUGUGGCUUUUAUGCAGUUUAUCGAGCGAUAAACUACAUAAAAUAGUUGCUGCAUCAAAUUGUAGGCCACGAUCUAGAUUUCUGUUUAUCAAUGUUGGACUUCUGAUAAAUUUUACAUUUUGCAUUACUUCAGAGCCUUCAUAAAACAUCCGCCAGCUUGAAUUCUGUCCCAUCAUAUUUGAUUUUAGGCUGACAUCUUGGAUUGUACGGUCAUCAUUUUUGAAUUCCGGGCAUCCUUCCAUCACCAAAUAUACCCAUUUUGCAGGAUUUUGAAAUCGAUAACUCCAUUAAACAGCCACCAUUUUGAAUUUUGGGUCGCAAUCUUAAAAUUUUGACCGGCAUCGUAAAUUUUGUGAUCUCCCUGAUUAAUCAGUUUUAAAAUUAGCCAGUUCCACCAGUGCUGAGCCCGAGUCCCCAAGAAGACCAUUCCUUCGGAACGUGUCGACCGUUCGAUUCUUGCUAAAAUCCGUAAAAUCUUCCGAAGUGCCUAGAAAGUGGUUACCUAGUUUUGUACACAGACAUACACACAUACAUACACACAGACAUCAACUCAAUUCGUCGAACUGAGAUGAUUAGAAUUUAUUAAUUAACUCUCCCAAUCAAUAUAUAGUCUUUCAGUACAAUUUACACGUUUUUUGUACAAGAUAGGCAAAAAAGGAGUGUAAACCCUGAGACCUUCCGGCGUUAGUUCCUCCUGGCUCUCACGGUGUCAAAAAAUAAAUUAUUAUCGAACUGUUAUGUACCUUGGAUUCUUCGUCACCGAAUCAUAUCGUUACACCGUGCCUCUGAGAUACUCUUUGGAACUCCCCGAGAUACCCUGAAAACCCCUAUUAAAUUCUCGUGAGAGACCCUGAAAUGCCUCUGAAACGCACUAGAGAAUCCCUGAAAGCCCCAGAAACAUAUCAGUUUCUGAAAUCGCUUAAACUUUCUGAAACGCCCCCAAAAAAAACUCUCCUUAAACUCCCUGGAACCUUAUGAAGAACCCCCACUGAUAUGUUUUGUAACCUCUUGCUCCCUUAAAAAUAAUUGGUCCUCACUUUGCCUCCCUUUUAAACCCCAUUGGCGUCCCUCUGAAGACCCCUGAGAUCUGCAUUUGGGACUCCAUUUCACCUCACCAAGUAUAUUUGUUAUGAACCUCCUUAAACACCUCUAUGACCAAUUUGCCCUUAAUCUUGUUUGAGACUCUCUAUUGUCCUCUCCCUUAAGCAACCCUGACACCAGUAGGGUGUCAGUAGGGCGCGGGCGGGGUUGACCCUGCCCGCCUUCCGAGGACAAAGGGAGUGGCGAGGACCACUCGGGAAACUGGCUAAGCGCCAGCAUGCUAUCGUGAUGGACUCUCCAGUGCGAGUCAUCGAUGUUCGUUGCUGCUAGGCUACGGCAGCUAACCUUGAGGGUGCGAUAUGCACUAGCCCCUCUCUGAAGCAAUACCUUCUUGGUGGUUCCGGAGAGACGUAGGGUUUGGCGACCAUAGGAAUGUGUUUUAGUGGGUCGAGGAGAGAGUAGUCCUGGCUUCUACCGGCAUUGUAGAAGACGGCCUCAUCCCCACACUACCCUAACCUUCCUGUUAGGGUGUCUGAUGAGCAGAUUUAUCCCCCUAUGGUUUAGAAGGAAAAAAAAAAAAAAAAAAACCCUGACACCAUUGUAAUAGUUGGAUUUGGAUGAGGCUCUGGAUGUUUUCAGAAGUUCCCCGGGAGCCUAAUAGGAAUGAGUUUCAAAUGGGCUUUAGGAGGCUCCAGAGGGUUUUAGGUUGUUUCAGGUAGUUUUAGGUGCCUUUCAAAGGUAUUCCAGAGAUUUUCAGGUCCGAUUUGAAAAAUUACCGAAUGCUUCAGGGAGUUUUAAGAAGUUUUAGGAAGUUUCAGAGAUUUCCAUUUCAUUCCAGAGGAUUUCAAACUUAUUCUAGGGGUCUCAAAAGUCCUUUGUGAUGCAUUUCAAGGAGAAUAAGGAGCUUUGCAGAGGGAUUCAUGUAGUUCCAGAGCCACUACUUUAAUCUUCAUGAGAACCUUGAAAAAGCUACUAAAAUCUUUUUCACUGCAAUCUCUUGUAAUGUUCUCAAAACCUGAAAACCCCUUGAAGGCGACUGAAACAUCCUUGAAACCCCUUGAGACCCUCUGAAGAACCCCUGUAACCCUUCUGAAAUACCCCUGAAAGCCCCUCACAUCCCCUGAAAUGCCCCUGAAAUCCUCUCAAGGUGUCAAAAAAUUAAUUAUUAUCGAAUUGUCAUGUACCUCGGAUUUUUCGUCACAGAAUGUCAGGGAUUUUGACAUCGAGCCUCUGAGAUACCCUUUGAAACUCCCUAAGAGACCCUGAAAACCCCUUUUAAAUUCUCCUGAGAAACCCUGAGAUGUCUUUGAAACGCACUAUAGCGUCCCUGAAACUCCCAGAAACGUAUCAGAAACGCUCUGAAAUGUUUCUGCAAUCGCCUAAACAUUCUAAAACACCCCUAAAAACCUCUCCUCAAACACCCUGGCACCUUAUGGAAACCACUGAAAACCCCCUGACAUGUUCUGAAAUGUUCCUGAAAUAUCUCAAAAGCCCUUUGAAAUCUAAUACUCUUUGGAAACACCUGGAAAGCUCCUAAAGCUCCGGAGCCGCUCCUCCAAUCUUCAUGAGAACCUUGAAAAAGCCACUUAUAACCUGUUUCACUGCAAUCUCUUGCAACGUUCUCAAAACCUGAAAGCCCCAUGAAGUCGCCUGAAACAUCGUUGAAACCCACUGAGAUCCUCUGAAGCGCCCCUUUAACCCUCUCGAAAUGUCAUGUACCUCGGAUUUUUCGCCACAGAAUGGCAAAGAUUUUGUCACCGUGCCUCUGAAAUACUCUUUGGAACUCCCAGAAAGACCCUGAAAACCCCUUGAAAGGGACGUUUCAAGGGGGACUCAGGGGUUUCAGGGGCUGUCAGGAGAUCUCAGUGGAAUUAAAGGGGGUCUCAGAGAGAUCUAGAAACAUUCUAGCGGGUCUCAGAGGCGUUUCAGGGAAUUCCAAGAGCAUUUCAGGUGGUCUCAAGGGGGUUCCAGGGAGCCUCAGGGGCGCUUCUAGGGAUCUCAGGGAGAUCUAGGGAAUUUCUAGUGGGUGUCAGAGGUGUUUCAGGUAGUUCUAGGAGCGUUUCAGGUGUUUCAGUGGGUAUCACGAGGUCUCAGGGGUGUUCCAAGAGGGUGUCAGAGGGUACGAGGUUUUUUAGGAACGUUUGCAUCAACACGAAUGUUGUUGUUUUUCGGAUAACCAACCGAAAUGGUAUGUUAGACAUACGUAAUGCCAGAAGUUCACACGUUUGCAUGCCAAAUUUGAGUCGUAACAACAUAAAAUAACUGCAAAACGUGAUUGCUGCUCACAAGUCAUAGUGCAGAGGUAAUACAAAAUUAUCGCAAGUAUCUUGAACAUCCUAGCAUCCUAGAGGGUUAGGAUCUUCAGCAAAGUUGUAUAGAUUGAUUGUGCUGCAUUUUUAUGACUAUGGUUUUGAUCUAGAUCGGCUGAAACUGAUCUAGAUAAAUUUUAUAUUUCAAUACGACGCUCUAGUGUUCUCGAUAUGCAUCCUACAGGGCAAAGUAUUUUGAAUUGGUUGGUGUUCAGUUUUGAUCUAGAUCGGCACAAACUCAUCUUUUAUCUUUCAAUACGAUGUUCUAGCGUUCUCGAUAUGCAUCCUGGGAGUUGGAGUCUUCGACAAAGUACUUUAAAUUAAUUGGUACUACAUUCUUACUUCUUCAGUUUUGAUCUAGAAUAUCCAGAGCUUUUGAGUAAGAAUAAAUGAUCUAGAUCAGUUUAGACAGAUCAAGAUCAAAACCAAACAGGUAAGAAUGUCGUACCAACUAAUCAGAAGCACUUAUGCAAAGACUGUCUUCCAACAAGGUGCUUUUCUAGAGCUUUGGAGAGAUAAAUCGAAAGAAAACAACUGAUCUAGAUCAGUUACAGCAGAUCUAUACCAAAACCGAAGAUGUUGAAUGUAGUAACUAUCAACCUUAAACUUUGCCGAAGAUUGCCCUCUAGGAUGCAAGUUCUAAUGCUCUGGAGAGACAUGCAAAAAAAAAACUCUAGAGCAGUUACAGCAAAUCUGGAUCAAGAUCGAAGCUUGUAAUUUGGGUGUCAAUAAACCCAAGACACUUCUUCAAAGACUCCAACCCUUCAGGAUGCAUAUCUAGAAUACUACAUAACCAUAUAAAAAAAAACCCAGAUUGAUCCACCUAGUGGUGAUAGUGCCUUUCUCGUCGAAUAUGUACUCAUGAUCUUUACGUCGACAUUAGCCGAUCCUGAGAACACUUAUACGCUAAAUACGAUUCAUGUAAAAUUUGACCUUCUUAUGAACCCAAAUUGUGCACAGUAAUUUUAGACGCAAAAGGAGAUUGGAAAAAAACUUUAUUUAGUGUUGAUGCGAUCAAAUUGUAAUUUUCCCAUAACACGUUGAUCCAUCCUGUUAAUAUAAAUAACACCACAGGAAUUUGAAAUGGUGUGAUUUGAUAGAUUGCUUUGGUCAUGAUUUUGUUCUCUUGCAUAUAUGAAGAUUUUGACCAGUUGCAAAUUCAUGAUCUGAAAUACGAUGUGGAAUUCGGAAUUACAAGAACACGAGAGGAGCUAGACCUUUGAUGCCAAAGAACGAAUUGUAGAAUAGAAUAGGGGCUACACAUUUGCCUAGGAGAAAUCUCAAAUUUAUUACGCAUUUUUCAAAAAUAAAUUUCAAAAACAAAUAAAAAACAAUACUUUCGAGAUUAUCUGCUUUAGAAAACUAAGUUUUUUAACUAAACCAAUAGAUUCAAAGAUCUUUUUUGGGUAGAAAAUUUAAUAAUCAUUCAAGUGAGGGUUAAAAAGCUGUGAUAAGAUUGACCAUUUUCAAGUUAUAGCCAGUUUAAGCAUGAGCAUAGAUGACCGCACAAUUCGUAGUGGCUACUCAAUGAUUGACCAAAGCAAUCGAAAUUGCACAAGGAAUCAAUUAAUAAGUUUUUAAGUUAUAGCCAGUUUGAGGCAUGCAAUACAAAAACAUGUGAAGUUCAAUUACUACGUAACGGUUGAGAUUUGACCAUAUGCGUAGAAUUUUUUUUUCACCAUUCAUGAUCCUCUAUCACUCCUUGAAAAGUUUGCAUUCACGAGCCUACCACCCUGUAUGGUCUGAACCUAUUUGCUUGCUAACGUUCAUAAGGUUAUCAAAAAAGCCGCGCUUUGAUGUGUCGCAUGCAUAGGUUUGGUUCAAUUUUAUGUUUGGCCGCUUUCGGAGGGACACCCGGUACUAGCGGCAGUCCCUAAUGUGGUCUUAGUCUACUUCCUUGAUAACCAGUCAUCAAGCCGUUAUUUGUUGUAUCGCAUACAUGGGAUCGGUUCUCUUUUAUAUAAGGCCAUUUCCGGUGGGACACCCGGUAACGGUUCCGGAACAAGACCGGAUCAGAUAUGGUCUGAGACUAUUUUCUUACUAACCAUUGAUCAGGUUAUCGGAAAAGCCGCUUUUUGAUGUGUCGCAUGCAUGGGCUUGGUUCACUAUUAUAUUCGGACACUUUCGACGGGACAUCCGGAAAGUGUGGUAGUGACCUGUUCAGAUAUGGUCGGAGACUAGUUUUUUGCUAAUCUUUCAUUGGGUUAUAAAAAAGCCGCGAUUUAAUGUGUUGUAUGCAUGGGUUUGGUUCACUUUUAUAUUUGGCCAUUUCCGUCGAGAGACCCGGAACUGGUUCCGGAAUACAAUCGGCAGUCCCCAAUGUGGCCUGACCCUACUUCCUUAAUAACCGGCCAUCAGGUUAUUGGAAAAGGCGUGAUUUGAUGUGUUGCGUGCUUGGGUUUGGUUUACUUUUAUAUUUGGCCACUUCCGUCGGGACCCCCGCCGGAACUGGAUCCGGAACACUACCGAUUCAGAUAAGGUCUGACACUAUUUUCCUGCUAACUGUUCAUCAGGUUACCGAAAACACCGCUGCUUGAUGUAUCGCAUUAAUGGGUUAUGUUCAAUUUUAUAUUUGGCCACUUCCGGCGGGACACCCGGAACCGGUUCCGGAACACUACCGGUUCAGAUAUGGUCUGAGACUAUUUUCCUACUUACCGUUCAUCAGAUAAACGAAAAUGCCGUGGUUUGAUGGGUCGCAUGCAUGGGUUUGUUGCAUUUUCAUGUCUGACCCCUUCCAGGGGUACCGGUCCGGAACACCUAAAUGGCCAUAACUCCGGAACGGCUAGACCGAUCCGAACCAUUUUCAAUAGGAAACAAUGGGACCAGAUUCCGCGUCGAAUGAACCAUCGGUCAUUAAAAUCGGUUGAGGUUUACUGCCAAAAAGUGAUGUGGGUUUAUUUGUACACACAGACAUCACCUCAAUUCGUCGAGCUGAGUCGAUUGGUAUAUGUGACUCGACCCUCCGGGCCUUUUAUCAAAAAUUCAUUUUUGGAGUGAACAUAUAGCCUUUCCAGCACACUUAGUAUACGAGAAAGGCAAAAAGAACUGAUCUAUAUCAUUUCGGUAGAUCUAGAUCAAACUCGAACACGUCGGAAUGUAAUACAUGCAUAUCGAAAACACUAGAACAUCGUUUCGAUCUAGAUCGAAACCAUAGCCAUAAAAGUGUAGCACCAAUCAAUCUAGACAACUUUGCUGAAAAGGGAUGUUCAAGAUACUUGCGAUAAUUUUGUAUUACCUCUGCACUAUGACUUGUGAGCAGCAAUCACGUUUUGCAUUUAUUUUAUGUAGUCACGGCUCAAAUUUGGCAUGUAAAUAAAAUAUAUCAGAUAUUUUAAAAACGUUACUUGCUCAGGCUUUGCUGGAGUAAAAACGAGCAAACCUAAAAACAUGAAUUUUGUAUAAAAUAAAAGUAGAAAAGUUGGGUCGGAGAUCCCUGAAAGGAAACUUAAAAUCGGUUCACAGGCGGCUGAGAACGAGCUGCUCAAACUUUCAGUUCCCACUAUUUUCCGACCAUGCUAUUCCGCGUAGUAUUUUUAUCACAGUAUUUGGAGUGUUAACGAGCUGUUUAGCCCUAGGCUAGCUCAUGUCGGGACCCACGCUUUACUUCCCUUCCGAAGUCCGAAGGGAGAACACUCAUUUUGCAGGUUUAUCGUUGGAUUCGAUCCCAGGUCCUCGCCGUGAUAAUCACGUGCUUCAACCAUCACACCAAGUCCGCUCCAGGGGGUACGAGGCCUCAGGAGCGUCUCGGGGACCUCAAUGGUAUCUGAGGGGGUCUCAAGGAUUUCCAGGGUGGUCCAGGGUCCCAGGUGCGUUACAUGGGGUUCGAGGGGGAUUUAGGGUCAUUUCGGUGGCAUUUAGGGAAGCGUUUUCGGUGGUUUUAGAAGAUCUCCUGUGCGGUUCAUGGUUUUCGUGAGGGUUUUUAGGGGGAUUUCGGAGGCAUUUCAGGAAGUUUUCUGAGGAUUUUCGGCGGGUUUCAGAAACAUUACAUUUAAAUAGCUCAUCCUUUUUAAAUGCCACUGAAACCCCUUGGAUCGAAGGGUAUUCCUGAAACCACCCCCCCCCCCCCCCCCCUUUACGUCCCUAGCCUGAAAUGCUCGGUAAGCCUCGUUGGAUAAAUGUACGACUCGUGCUGAAAAAAAAACAACUUUUUGCAACUCGUAAAGAUUUUUCAUAACACAACUCAUUCGAGUUGCUUAAGGUUCAUAAUGCAACUCAAAUGUGUUGCAUAAUAAACAUUAGGCAACAAAUUUUUCAUUAUGCAACUGUUUUCAGUUGCAUAAUAAAGUAGUGCGGAAAAACUGGGCAUUGUGAUACCGAAAUGAGUUGUAUAAAAAUAAAAAUUAUGAUACUGAAUUGCAUAAAAUAAGUUUUUGUGUAUACUAAAUCUUAUAAAUGUUGAACUUCGAAUUAUCAUUAACAUCAGUUAUUGAAGCAUUGAUCAAUAAUACAGUGGAAGAUAAACGAUUAUCGUAAUAUCUUCCAAAUUAGUCUAAAUUAUAGAGACCUUCGUUUGCUGUCGUCGUCGCGUGAAAGGGCCACUUAGGAGGGCGGAGCAUUUUCGGAAUCCAGUCAUCGAUUUGCGAUUGAACCAUUUCUAUAUCACAGCCCAACAAACGCGCCAAGCCGGCUCACGACUUUUUCCGCUGGCUUUACGGAAUUUUCAUGGAGGGUUGUCACGCUCACGACCACCAAAUCGAGGAUCGCGAUCGAGAUCCAAGCAAGCAGCCUUUAAGCGCAGCAGGGGUGUGUUGUAGCGUUAGUUCCACUACGCAACUGCUAAUGAUUGGAACGCAGAAAAAAAAUGUCAGUCAAAGAAUGAGGGAUUGAAAGUUUCAAAAAAUUAGCCCUCUCGGUGACGACCUCGCUCGCAAUGGACUGCCGAGAGGAGUUUCGAUCUGUCUCAGCCAACUCUUGGCGAAAAGUCGGCCGUGCGGUGCAACCCUAUAGAGAGGCGGCAAACUAGGGCUUUCCCACAUCAAAACUGAUUUAUGCAAUUACCGAUAACAACAAACGAAGUGGGGUCGAGAACCUGUCACAAUGUGGGGGAAGUCGGGGUAAAAUGCAUCCAGCUUUCGAAUCAUUCGAUAAAGAUGCUGGGCUCUUGAAAACUGGACUUUUUUGAGAAAUUCUGAGCUUAGCUUGGUCAUAGAAAAAGUGGACAUCUCGUCCCUCAACGGUGCAUACUACCCCAAAUCACCCCCUCACGUUUCAUUGUAUGUUGCGGCGCCGCGUCGUUUGUUAUGACGAGCUCGCCCAAGAAAGUUUGAUCGAUCCAUAAGGAGGACCGUCACUGACUGACGAUGGCGCGAGCAUAUUCGCGUGCCUAUGGAUGCGAAACUCGUGGUUUUGAUUGAUGGCAUCAUCAUCUUUUUCGCGAAGGCAGGUACCUAUCUGCCUGCCUGCCUACCUACUAUCUAAACAAUUUUACUACUAAGUCGUUGUCUGUUAGUGGUGAAUAUGGGCGACCUUGACUUGCGUGAUGGAUGGCAUUGCACGUGAUGUUUCGCGAUGGGAAAGUGGGAAGAGGGAGGGAUUCGGCUGAGAAACGAUGUCUCUCAAAAUAGCUACAAAUUUGUUAAGCUACCGAAAGAGUACUUUGCAGAAUUACGGCAGUAGUGUCCCGGAACCGAUUCCGAGUGUCCCACCGGAAGUGGCCAAAUGUAGAAGCGAGCCAAACCCAUGCAUGCGGCACAUAAGAUAGCGGCUUUUUCGAUAACCUGAAAGAAGGUCAGCAAGAAAAUAGCCUCAGACCACGUCUCAGACUACAGGUAGUGUCCCGGAGCUGGUUUAGGGUAUUCCGCCGGAAGUGGCCACAUGUAAAUGUGAACCAAACCCAUACAUGCGACACAUCUAAUAGCACCUUUUUCGAUCACCUGAUGGACGGGUUUGCUGGGAAAUAGCCUCAGAUCAUGUUUAAGUCUACCGGUAGUGCUUCAGAACCGGAUCCGGAUGUCCCGUCGGAAUUGGUCAAUUGCAAAGAUGAACCGAACUCAUGCACGCGAUACAUGAAUUCGCGGCUCUUUAGGAAAUCUCAUGAACAGUUAGCAAGAAACUACUCUCAGAUCAUUUUAGGGCAAUCGGUACUGUCCUGGAACCGGUUCCGGGUGUCCCGCCGCAAGUGGUAAAAUAACCUAAUGACGGUUAGUAAGAAAAUAGUCUCUUAGUAUUUUCGGGACAACCAGGAGUGUCGCAGAACCGGUUCUGGGUGUCCCACCGGAAGGGGUCAAAUGUAAAUGUGAAACAAACCCAUCUAUGCGAUACAUUAAAUCGCAGCUUUUAAUGUAACCGGAUGGAUGUUCAGCAAUGAAAUAGUCUCUUACCAUAUUUGGGACAAUUGGCAGUGUAGUGGAUUCGGUUCCGGGUGUCCCACUGGAAGUGAUCAAACGUAACAGUGAACGUGCAUGAGGUACGUAACAUAGCGGCUUUUUCGAAAACCCAAUGAACGGUUAGCAAGAAAAUAGUCUCAGACCACAUUUAAGACUACCGGUAGUGUUUUGGAACCGGUUCCAGGGGUCUUGUCGAAAGUGAUCAGAUGAAAAAGUUAACCAACCCCACGCAAGCGAUACAUCAAACCACGGCUUUUUUUGGUAAUAUAUGAACGGUUAGCAAGAAAAGGGGCUGUUCAUAAACCACGUAGACUUUUUGGGGGUAGGGAGGGGUCAGGCCAAAGCCUACGCUCCAUGCAAAUUUUCAAAUUUCAUAUGGACAAAAGUCUACGAGGGGGAAGGGGGUUCUCAGAUGGCCAAAGUUUGGUCUUCGUGGUUUAUGAAUGGCCUUAAAGGGACUCAAACCACAUUCAAAACUACCAAUAGUGUUCCUAAACCGGUUCCGGGUGUCUCGCCGGAAGUUGUCAGAUGUAACCAAACCCAUACAUGCGCCACAUCAUAUCGCGGCUUUUUAAUCGAAAAUUUUUCAAACCACAUUUAAGAUUACCGGCAGUUUCACGAGCGUUCCAAGGGCUAUCCGGAUGUCAAGGACUAUCCGGAGCAUUUUAAAGGUGGUCCGGGGGGUUUCAUGGGCGUUCUAGCGAGUUUCAGGGCAUUGCAGGGAGUUUAUGUAAAAUGGCUUCAUGGUCAUUCAGGAGCCUCCAAGGGCUGUUACAGGUGUGUUUCAGGUAUCUCCGGGGGUUGCAGAGGUGUUGCAACGGGUUUCAGCAGAGAUCCAGGGACUUUAAGGGGUUUCAUGAGCGUUUCAGCAGCACUCCAGGGCGUUUCAGGGGAUGUUAGGUGAUUUCAGAGAGGUUCUAGGUGGUUCCUUGGGGUUUCUGGGGUAUUCCAGGGGUAUCCCAAAAGAGGUCCAUAGGCGUUCUAGAGGGAUUUAGAGGGUUUUAGGAGCAUUACAAGGAACUUUAGAAAAUUUAAGGAACGUUCCAGGGGUUACAGAGAGAGGUGCUGAAAGGGUUUCAGGAGCAUUUCAAGAGUGUUCCAAGGGAUUUCAGGAGGUUUUGAGGCGUUCCAAAGUUGAAAGUUAUUUAGUUAAAUCAAUAAUUCAGCAGUAUUGCUAAGUUCAGUGGUUCCCAACCUAAAAAAUCAGUAGUCACGGGCCAAAAAAAUCCCAAGAACCGAAAGUGCUAGGAGGAAGUGCAAGUGUUUUUCGGAUUGAUCAGUAUUUCUUAGAUACGUUGAAAAAUCAGUGCUUUCCAAUCUAUGUCCACAGGCCACGUGAGUACUUAUCUCGAGAACCGCAAGUGUGGUUACCAAUAUGACGUCACGGGUCACGGGAAGUUCUGAUGCGCCGGAAGUGGUAGAAAGUAGUGAAACUAUUUUUCGGAUUGUUCAUCUCAAAGAGCAAUAUCUUUAAUACAGAUGCAUUUCAAAGAUCAGUGGUUUUCAAUUCAUGGUCACGGGCCACGCGAAAUUCUCAAAAACCAUAAAUUUGAGGACUAAAUGAAAUGAAACUUUCAGGAGGUCUCAGGUGAUUUCAGGGGGUUCCAGGAGUGUUUCAGGGGUUCUCAGGGAGUUCCAGGGGGUCGCAGAGUAAUUUCAGGAAGUUUCAUAUGUUCUCAUGGGGUUUGAGGCAGAUCUCAUGGGAGCUUGAGGAUGACGAGGAGCAUCUGAAUUCCCAAAAUUUUGUCUAAGACUUACAACUCUAAGUGGUUUAUGAACAGAUCCAUACUAGAUUACUAAUCGCCAAAUAGACCGUUACCUCUGAUUGGGAAUCACUAAGCUUUGUAACACCCCUUUAUUGUAAGAAGUAAUCCUUGAGGACACUUUGAACUUCCGGCUUUUGAGAAAUUAGCAUGGCCUAUGACCCCAGAUUAGGAACCACUAAUUGCAUAAUCUGAAAAUACCAUUUUCACUUUCUCAUCGCACCCUGAAUUCUUGAGAAAUUUGCAUGACCCGUGACCCCAAAUUGGAAACCCCUGAGGUUUACAACACCAGUAUAGUGUAAUAAAUACUACUUAAAACGCAGCAUCUUAAAAGCAUUCGCACUUUCUCCUCAGACUUGCUCAGGUUCUUGCGAAAUCAGCAUGGCCCGUGACCCCAGCUCGAGAACCACUGCGUUCUGCAACGCCACUUUAUUGUAAUAUGUAAUUGCUUCUUGAGACGCAGAAUCUGAAAACUAUUAUUACUUUCCCAUGGCACUCUUGAUUCCUGAGAAAUAAGCAUGGCCCGUUACCCCAGGUUGGAAACCUCUUAGCUUCACUGCACCACUUUAUAACACUUUAUUACAAUUAGUUCUCCUUGAGAUAUAGAAUCCAAAAAGCAUUCAGACUAUCUCCUCGGACUUUCAGUCCGAGCAUAAUUAGCAUGGCCCAUGACUGCAGCUUGGGAAUCACUGAGCUUUGCAACACCAAUUGAUUGUAUUAGGUGCUCCUGGAAACGCAGAAUCCUAAAACAUUCACACUUUCUCCUGGAACUUUCGGUUUUUGAGAAACCGAACAUGUUCUUUCAGAAAUAACUAAUUUUGUACUUACAUUGUUCUCAAUAACUCAAUAAUAACUGAUUCAGUUGUUCUGCAUUUAAAAACAUGUUGCCCUCGAUUUGUUCUUAUAAAAUUAGUUAUUGUUGAGUUAUUUUCCGGUACAAAGUAAGUUAUUAUAUUUGUUUUGUUAGUUCGUAUUCCCUUUUAGGUUAUGGUUAAUUGGCGAUUUAGUCUUCAAAUUGCUUGAAAACGAUGAUGAAAGUUUCAUCAUCUUUUGUUAUUUUCUUCUUCCCGAGAUGCAAACUAAAUUGUGAAGUCCAUGUUGAAUAUGACUAUUUUGCCUAUAAGAACACAAAUGUAAUAAUAGGUCUAUGACAUAGUUAACGACAAUAAAUAAAUAUAAUAAUUAAUUUAGCUAUAGCCAACCCAAAAUUCGCUGGAUUCUCUUAUGUCCUGAAAUGGUACGGCACUGUAGUUUUGUCCGAUUUGUUUCCCAUUUAAAAUGAUGACCUUGGUGCAUGUUAUUUUUAGUAUAUUCACCGUCCUUAACCCGUAUCGGCCUGAGUCAGCGCAUAUGAACUAAAAAUCUCGCCGUUCAGCGAAUACACAACGGAUUUGAAUAUUUUUUUACAGUACACUCGUACAUAUGUCUAGUUUGUAAAAGUGGACAGAGAACGUCGGAAUGGUCCCUAUGGCUUGAGCUUGAUUAACCGCCCGUAGAUGCUACUCCGUUAUUGCUACGUAAGUGCGUUUGGAAAAUAUGCGGCAAGUGAUAUUUUGAUUUGUUUUGCUGUGAGGUGCCGGAUAUUGACGUGGGUGCCCAAGUAGUUCGAAACCCUAUUCUAAGAAAAGCGGGAUGAUGGAGAGGGCUAGACCACCCUCUUCCAUCUGUCUCUGUCUUGUGCUUAUUUAGGAGAGUGAGAAGCAUGCCAAUGCCAGGGAUGGGAACACUCAUUUGCAAAGAGUUACACUCACUUGCAGCUCCUUCACGACUUCGGUAUGCGUGUGCCAUCCUUACCCUAUUCGGCAAACCUUUAGACAAAAACCACAUGGCAAAAGUCGUUCAUACAUCGUUUCUUGAUUGCACGCUUCUGAGCUGAGAAAACUGCAAGUGAGUGUAACUCUUUGCAAGUGAGUGUUCCCAUCCUUGGCCAACGCUAGUAUUUAUAGCUGAGAUUCCUUCGAAAUUUUCUGCUGUGAUUCCUGCAAGGAUUUCUACGAGAAUUACUACAAAAAUGUUCUAAGAAUGUUCCCAGUAAUUCCAAUUGGAAAACACCUUGACAUUCUUUUAGAAAUUCUUACUGGUAUUACUUCAGCAAUAUUACUGGGAUUUUUUUUAUAAAUUUUUGCUAAAACCCACCAGGAACUUUUGCUGGGAUUACGCAGGUAACUCCCGCUGCAGAUCAUUCUGGAGUUCUUUCAGCUGAAAAUGCUUGAGAAACCCCUGCAGUAAUUUCUGGAGAAGUCCUAGUAGUAAUAUCUGCUGCUAUUCUAAGCCAUAGUCCUGAAAGGAUUCUUGAAGAAAUCUAUGGAUACAUAGCAAGAGGAAUUUUUAAUAAAUCUCUGGAAGAAUCCUUGGAAGGAUAUGUAAAGGAACUCUUGCAGACACCUUUGAAGCAAUCCGAACAAGAAUAAUUAAAAGAAUUCCAUAAGGCAUUUGUUGCAGAAUUCCAAAAGAAUGUUUUCAUAAAUUUCUCCUUAAUUGCCUCCAGGAAUGCCUGAUUGGUUCCUCUAGGAAUUGCUACUGGGAUUGCUGAAGAAAUACCAUCCAGUAUUCUUCCAGGGAGUUCACUUGAAGUUCCUCCAGUAAUUCUUCCUGUGAUUUGUCAAAUGAUUUCCCCAAGUAUUUUUUCAUGAAUUCCUCCACGGUUUUUUCUAAAAAAAAAAAUCCUGCAAUAGUUCUUCCAGUGAUUUCUCUGUAGAUACUUUCAGAAAUUGCUCUCGAAAUUCUUUCAGAAAUUCCGCCUGUAGUGCCAAUGAUUCCUUCAUAAUUUCUUCUUCAGAUUGCUCCUGCAAUAUUUGCAAGGAUACUUCCAAAAACUCUUCUGGCAUUUUCACUAAAAAUUCUUGCUGAAGUUCCUCCAGCAAUACCUGUAUGAAUUUCUUCAGAAACUCAGUACUCCUACUAGGAAUCCUCUUCAGAUUAUUUUGGGAACUACUGCUGGGAUUGCUACAGGACUGCUGCUGGGAUUCUUCUAUAAAUUUCAGACAGGAAUCCUCCAGGAUUUUUUCUAGGUUUCCCACCUGCAGGGAAUCAUCCAGGAAUUCCAGGAAGAUUCCCAACAGUAAUAAUUGGAGAUAUUUCUGCUGAAAAUGCAUGAAAUUUCUCAAGAUUUCGAAAAAAAAACUGUAGAAGUUCCUGAAGGAAUCUCAGCAGUAAUGACUGGAAUACAAUAAGCAAUUCCUAGAGUUAUCCUUCACAAAUUCUCUGAAGGAUUCAUAGCAGAAAUUUCUGGAAGAAUUAGAAGAAAUUCCCUUGAGAGACACCCCAGCAGGCUUCCCAAAUCUUUUGAGAAAUCCUCUUGGAAUUCCUCUAGAAAUGUCUGAUGGGAUUCUCCUGGAAAUUUAUGGAAUUUCUCAAUGGAUUCCUCCGAAAACUGCUCCGGUUAUCCUUUUAGGGAUUUUCUCAAGGAUUCCUCCAAUAAUUUCUCUCGGGAUACCCUUAGAAAUUCCUGCACGAAUUUAUUAAUGAACUUCUGCCAGGAUUUCUCCAAGUAUUCUUGCACUUCUCUUGGGAAUCAUCCUGAAAUAUUUCUAGCAGGAAUUGCUUGAAGAAUUCCAGCAACACUUCUUGUAGGAUUCCCACCACGAAAGCCUGAAAAAACCACAGAAACAUUUUAGGAACACUUUCAACAUAAAUUCUCAAGAAAUUUGAAAAUGAUUUCCAGAAUACGAAGAGUAAUUCAAAGAAAAAUUACUAGAGGAACUCCGCAAAAAAUCCCUGGGUGAGUUUGUGAAGAAAUUAUUGGAUAAUUUCGAAAGAAAAUCCUGUAGGAAUCAUAUGAAGUAAUCUUGGCGGAAACUCAGCACUCACUCUUGAGUAAUCUCCAUGAUGAAUUUUUGGAGGUACCUUUUAAACAUCCCUGUAGCAAUCACAGAAGAUACUUCUUCUGUAAUCACUCACUCAAUCAUGUAUCCUGAGCACCUCUUGGGGUACAUAGGGCCAACGAAAAGUUCUCCAUCCUGGACAGCUGCUGGCUUUAGCCUUGACAUAGACCCAGGUCGCCCAGGUUCGCCUUCUUUGAUUUCUUUGUUGAGGAUUCGUCGCCACGAGUCCUGGGUCUGUCUCUGCUUGAUAUCUGUUGAUAUCGGUUUCCUAUGGCAUCGUCGAUGGAGCUCAGUACUCCAAAUCCAAUUGUGAGGCCACCAGGCCCGAAUCAUAAAGCGCAGACAUCGGUUGAUGAAAAUCUGUAGCUUCUGUGUGGUCUGUGCUGACACGAACCACGUUUCGCUGGCGUACAACAACAUAGAUUUCACGUUGCAAUUGAAAAUUCGAGAUUUGGUGCGUUGACUGAUUUGAUUAGAUGUCCGUAGAUUCACAAAAACAGUCCUAGCCUUCUUGAUCCGUGUUGACAGCCAACGAUUUGGUCUUGCUGACGUUGAUGGUUAGACCGGCCGUAGAGGAGCGUUCAGCCUGGUCGUCGAGCUUCAGGUAUCAGAAGGCCGGCUCCAGAGGCACAUUAUCCCCCAUUUGGGACAAUUGUGCCAAUUGGUCAUUUGGAAGCUUGACGACUCUGCAUGUUAAAGCGUCGUUGGUCUAGUAGAGCAACACCAUGGACCAAAUCGAAGUCGUUCGUAUGCUCCAUUGCGAUGGGCUACCAAACUAGCCUACGAUUUGGUACACGGCCAAUCGCCCCCACAAUGAUCUUCGAUGAGAAACAGUAGCGGAGAUAGUACCAAACUACCCGGAUGGGGUCCGACAAAGCUCCGUUAUGCAGGACUCUGUAUGUAAAAGCCUCGUACUGCGCUUCCAUGAGGUUGACGAUUUUAUUCGUAACUCCUUUGCGUCUCAGGGGGUCCCACAGAUUUUCGUGGCUCAGACGACCGAAAGCUUUUUUGUAGUCAAUGAACACUAAAAAGAGGGACUCUUGAAAUUCAUUAACCUGCUCCAGUAUAAUACGGAGCGUGACAAUACAGUUAACACAAGAUCUUCCGACACGGAACCCUCUUGCUGCCGCCGGAAAGCGGCCCCUGUAUCCGAUUCAGGAUAACUUUGGCACAGAACUUUGAGAACAAUACACAAUAGAUCAAUGCAGAAAUCACGGUAGGUAUCCUAGAAGAUUUCCUAGACGAAUUCUUGAAGGAGUUCUUGGAAAAAAAUCGCGGAAAAUGUCAAGAGGAACUUUUGGGGAAAUGAAAAAAUCUUUGGAUAUGGUCUCAAGGAACUGCUGAAAUGCUGAAAUUCUAGCUGAGAUUGCUCCAGAGGUAUGUCCACGUUAUCAUAUAUGAAUCCAAUCUGUGAUUUCUUCAAGGAUUUCUAUAAAUAUUCCUCUAAUGGUUUUUCCAGAUUUUUCUCUUUAGGAAUUUGGCUUGAAAUACUACUGGAAAUCCCUGAAGGAAUCACAGCAAGAAAUUUUGAGGAAAUAUCUGGAGGAAUCACAGCAGCACUUUUGUAGGAAUCUCAGUUUUAAAUACCUGUGAAAAUUUGCCAGUGUUACGUAUGUGUUUAUCUGUGACUUUAUCAUCCAUAAGGUUGGGACGUCAUUUAUUUCGGACCUAAACUGUGUAAGCUAAUAAAAUGAUGAUUUUGGCCAAACAUGAACUAGGUGGCGGUAGUGGGCAAACGUCUAACUCGAACAAAAACGAUGCGAGCGCUACGGAUGAGCAGUGAGCCAACUAUCAAAAUUUUAAAUAGACCAUUAAUUUGGUGUACGAUGGGAGUACUUCGGGUGUUUACGUCUGUUUGUCUGUCUGUGAUUCUUGUAGAUUAAGAUAAGAUCGGUAUUUCCAGGAACGAAACAGGUUUUCAAGAGCAUGUUGAUAAACCAACAUUUCCUUGAAAGUGCAGUAUCUAUUUGCGUCGCCAAAAUGCACACAAUUUGUACCAUUCAGGGAAAAGGAAUUCAGGGCAAUGGGAUGGUGUCCUUUUUGAUAUGUACCUUACUAUGGUAAGAAAUUAGGUUAAACGUGAUCCAGAUAGGCGUCGCAACGUCCAUCUACAAUCUUUUUAGCACGUUAUCAGCCAAUUAAAUUACUGGUAACUGCCCGUCGAACUACAAUCACUCAAAUAAAAUGCAUGUUAAACGGUCGAUAUCAGUCGUGCGAUACUCGUCGUCGACAAUUGGACUAUUAAACUCUUCCUCAACCGAAUUUUGAACUGAAAUAUAAUCGCAAACUACAGAUUACCAGUCAAUCUCUGCAAACAACCAUGGGCGUGUUCGCAAGCCGACGCCGAAGGGCUCGCUUCAACACUGAUAGCGUGGAUGCCACAAGAACAUUCAGUCAAAUGUCCGGUACAAUCUCGAAGAAGAGAGAAUCCGUAUAUUUUGACACGCCAAGCGGUCGAAACGACAAGGCGUACUCGAUGAACGGAACCAAACGCGGAAAAGUUCUGAUCUUUAAUCAAGUAUCGUUUGAAGACCCCAGCUACGAGGAACGCGAUGGAACGCACCAAGAUGUUAAACGACUGUUCAACGUGCUGCCACGUCUUGGAUUUUCAAAGGAAGAUAUAACAGUGUACGAAGACUACAGCUACAGCGAAAUCAAUCGCAUUGCCGUUAAGCUGGAAUAUGACGAAGACCUGAAGCAAGCGGAUUGUUUGAUGGUGUUCAUACUGACGCACGGCGAGGAGGGAGACAGGUUGAUGGCCCAAGACGAUUCGUACAAUUUGCACAAAUUUUUGGAGAACUUCACCCCGACGUCGCUGAACUCGAUGGCCGGAAAGCCCAAGUUGUUCUUCAUCCAAGCAUGCCGCGGCAGAAAGCUGGAUCGAGGAGUACUGCUGAGGACUACGUUGAUCCAAGCCGACUGCGGCAGGGAUAUGGUUGAUUCACAUUCAGAAGUCUAUAUUCACCCAGAGUUUGCCGAUCUGCUGGUAGUUAUGAGCUCCCAUCACGGUCAUCAGUCAUUUCGCAACGAAUCCGGCAGCUGGUUUAUACAAGAAUUUUGCAACGUUAUUGAAAGCUGCGAAUCACUAAAAACGACUUCAAUCUACGAUAUUCUAACGGAAACCAACAAUGGCGUUUCGCAGCGAAUCAGCAACUCCGAUGGGGACAGGAAUAAGAAAAAGCAGAUUCCCAGUUUCUACUCGACGCUGACGAAGAAGCUUUGUUUUGGUCCCGUGAAUUAAUUUGAACUAGAGUUGCGAAAAUGUAGAGUCGAUAGAGUCACACAAAGAGUAAAACCAAAUUUAACCAAACUGUCAAAUAACAGUAGUCUCUUUGCGUGAUUCUUUGUAACACCAGCUCUACCUUCAUCGUCCAUUUUCAAACUCCCCUCCCCCUAUGUCACAUUUUUGGUAUAAAGGACAUCUCCCCCCCCCGCUAAUACCGUGACGUAAUUUAAGGACGUUCCCAAACUUGUCAAACCUGCUUCCUCCUCCUUCUAAAAUCAUUAAUACUCAUUUUAUACUCAAAACUUUUACCAUAUUACUAACGAGGACGACCAGGCUUCUAGAUUUGGAUUGAUCUUAUUUUGAAAAUCUCAUAAAAUGUCGAAAAUCGUAUUUCUGUGUUUGACCAUCGUCCAAAUCAAAUUUUACGUUUCCCAUCAGAUUUGCACGAUAUUCAGAAACUCUGACACAAACAGAUUUUGUCCCUAUCUAGGUAGUGUCAUCUCCCUCGGAAACAAAAUAGGUUGAGAUCUGCUGAAGUGAAGCUUCUGUAACAACAAUAGCGCACUGCAUGAAAUUCUCUCCUUCUCUUUCACUCCUACAGAAAUUUUGCAAACAACAAGGCCAAGAAACGUCAAAAUUGUUGAAAGUGUAUAAAUGUUACAAUCGAGCUCUCCUCGUAUCAAGACAACAUAUAUAAAUUGUUAUACCAUGAUCAUUGAUGUGACAUCGAACUAUUGUAUAUUUAUGUUUACGUUCAGAAUAAAUUAGUCGUUUGUGUACAGUGGAAUCGCACGGUUGCUGUUUUACUCGAUCCGUAAACCCCGUUGUUCCUCUCUCGGUCCGUGUUUUUUAUGUCCACUGGAAGCUACUCUCAACAGGUUUUGGGCUCAGCUAUGGACGAGAGAGUGAAAAUUGCCGCGUUCGACGGUUCCGGCUUCCACAACUGGAAGUUCCGGAUCGAAACCGUCCUUGAUACUUACGAUCUACUUGAUUGUAUCCGCCGGGAGAUUGCCGAGAUAGAAGAACUACGCGCAGUGGCUACCGAUACCGUGGAAAUAAAGUCGGAGAAGAAAAAGCUGAUGGUGGCACGGGUAGCUGCAGAGAAAAAGUGCAAAGCGAUAGUUGUUUCGGCCAUCGCUGAUAAUCAGUUGGAGCUGGUGAAAGAUUGUGCGACUCCGAAACGGAUAUGGGACACACUGAAGGCUGUGUUUGAACGUCGUGGUGUUGCCGGGCAACUGUUGAUAAGAAAACAGCUCCCAACAUUAAAGUAUGUAGAGGGAGUCGGCGAUGGUUUGUCGGAACAUUUGCUCAAAUUUGAUGGUCUGAUUCGCGAGUUGAAGGAAAGUGGUGCGGUAGUGGAAGAUGCCGACGCGAUUUGCCAUUUUUUAUUGACGCUACCGCCAUCGUUUGACCCGGUGAUUACGGCAAUCGAGACACUGCCCACUGGUGUGACAAUGGCAUUCGUCAAAAAGCGAUUGCUGGAUGUGGAAAUGAAGAGGCAGAAUCUGUCGGUGCCGGAUUGUGACAUUCAGGAUGUAGCUAUGGCAAGUCGGCAUGUGUGGCACAGGACAAAGUGCUUUAGAUGUGGCAAACUAGGGCACAAACAAUCCAACUGCCGUAUGCCAGUGGUUCCCAAUCAGAAUUACAAUGGAAAGGUGAGAAAUCGCAAUAAUAAACCCGACAUAGUGAUUGAAGAAGACAGUGAUUCUGAUCGUGCAGAUGUUUGUUUCCUGGCAUCGAAAGAAGAAGAACUAGUGAAAAUGCAGUGGUUCCUGGAUUCUGGCGCGACGGACCACAUGGUAAAGGACUCUCGUUAUUGAGCUUCUCGAGAAUGUUUAGCAUUUCGACAAGUUUCUCUUCGACCUCUAGGUUGCGCGCCAGGGUAUAAUGUGUGCUGGGCACUUUGCGACGAUUAACUCAAAUCCGCAGACCAGCGCACAAUUUGCGCGCCGAUUGCCUAUGCGCCAAGUUUUUCCUUGGCCAAAUCACUAUUAAUCAGUGGUUUAAUGCAGUAAAAGCGUUGCUACCGUCAAUAAUAUCUUUAUUGUACAUUAUUUCCGGACAUAAAGAAGUUCAAUGUUUUAGACAAAAAAUGGAACCGAACCCUAAGAGAGAUAGAGCUCUUGGCGCGAACCAUUUUGACACUUGUUUAUUUACAUUUUGUAUGGCGCACAACCCGGCGCAUGGGCUGUCGGCGCACGAGUUGUUGGCCGGUAUGCGGAUUUCAGAAAAGAUUCGCAAUA